AGCUCACGAUCGGUCAAAUGAGCAAAUACAUAGAUAUAAAUUCAACAAAAUAAAAACAAGGAAAAAUAAGAACAGCCUAUGUAGUUAGAAUGCAACAUUUUUUUGUUGUUGUUGUUGUUUCGAGCUUUUAUUUUGAAGGCUGGAACCGGAUACCGCGCCCCGAUCGUUUCCGGUAACUUGACGCAGCUUCUUUAAGGAGACGCCGCUCAUCGUAGGUCAGCGUUAGGACCCCGCGGCGUCGUCUCACUGAAGCACAUGGUCCCCACUCAUAAGACAACACUUCUCUCCAGUAAUUGUGCUGGAAUUGGUGUCGUUCCAGUGUGGCGACAGAGACGCAGCGGCUUGUGUCCUCUCUGUCACUGUUUCCUCACUUUUCUUCCCCUCACGCUUCUCACUUUCUCCUCAGCGCGGUGCGUCUGUAAUCCUCUCCGAAUGGGGAGAGCGCACGGACUUGGAUCAGCUGUCGUCGGGAUUUCCUAAACUAAAGCAGCCCGCUCAUAUACUUGAUCAUAUUUCAGGAAGUUAUUACUUUUUUUUCUCGGGAGAGAGAGAGGGAGAGGGGGGCUGGCUCUCUCUUCUUUUGCACAUCAGCUGUUGGAGGGGAACCAGGGGGGUGUUUGUAUGAUGAUGGUCGCGCUGCAGUGAAGAACAGUUGGCCAGUCCCACGUCCACGCUCUCAAGCCGGGCACCAUGAAUCCCGGGAGCCAGCGGAGGCUGAAGUUUGUUAUCCUGACAGCUCUUCAGGCUUUGUGCGCGUCCGUGCUGCUGUGCGACAGCGCGUUCUCCACAUCUGCUGAAGGGGAUCUUCUGACUGUUCGACACAGACCCACGGCGAAGCAGAAACACUACGGGACCACCGUACCUCUUCAGCGCGUUGGACGAGACUGGAAACCGAUCGGCCAACUCGAAUCCCAGAGUCACCCUGCCUCACUGAAGCUCCUGAUUGAAGCGGAAGGUGAACAGCUGCUCUUGGCUCUGGAGAAAAACGAGGGGCUGUUCGCGAGCAACUACACAGAAAUCCAUUACCUGGAAGAUGGCAGCGCGGUUACGGGCUCUCACAACUCCAUGGCAAACUGCUACUACCACGGUGAGGUGGAGGGUCAUGUCAACUCGGACGUCAGCCUCAGCACCUGCGCUGGUGUUAAGGGCUUCAUAUCUCUCAAAGGCAAAUCCUACGUACUGGAACCAUCUGCUGAUCACUCUGAUGGGACUCACUGGAUCUACGCAGCUGAACACCUCAAUUUCUCUCCUGGCACCUGCGGCCAUGAUUCAUUCAACUUAUCCCAUCCCAUCGAAUAUGCAGACGGCAGUCCGUUCAGGACCUUCAGCUCGCGGCAUAAACGCCACGCUCAGACGACGACCAAGUAUGUGGAGCUGAUCAUCGUGGCCGACAAUAGAGAGUUCCAGAAGCAAGGCAAGGACAUGGAGAAGGUCAAGCAGCGGCUGGCCGAGAUCGCCAAUUACGUGGACAAGUUCUACCGGGCUCUGAAUAUCCGCGUGGCCCUGGUGGGCCUGGAGGUGUGGAGUGAUGUGGACAAGUGUCCAAUCACCCAGGACCCUUUCACCACCCUGCACGAGUUCCUCGACUGGAGAAAGGUCAAGCUGCUGCCUCAGAAGCCUCAUGACAACGCUCAGCUAAUCAGUGGGGUGUAUUUCCAGGGCACCACCAUUGGUAUGGCACCCAUCAUGAGUAUGUGCACAGCAGAGCAGUCGGGAGGAAUCGUCAUGGACCAUUCGGACAACCCGCUAGGCGCUGCAGUCACUCUGGCCCACGAGCUCGGACACAACUUUGGGAUGAACCACGAUACGCCAGAAAGAGGGUGUGGCUGCAGGGUGACAGUGGAUCGCGGAGGCUGCAUCAUGACUCCCUCGACUGGGUAUCCGUUCCCCACCGUGUUCAGCAGCUGCAGCAAGAAGGACCUGACGGCCAGUUUCGAAAAAGGCGUCGGGAUGUGUCUGUUCAACAUGCCGGAGGUCAAGGUGCUCUACGGUGGGCAGAAAUGUGGCAACGGCUACGUAGAGGAGGGAGAGGAGUGCGACUGCGGAGAACUUGAGGAAUGUAUGAAUCCCUGCUGUAAUGCUACUACCUGCACCCUGAAGGGCGAUGCUGUUUGUGCACACGGACAGUGCUGCCAGGACUGUCAGCUGAAGCCGGCAGGAACUCCUUGCCGUGAGUCCAGUAACUCCUGCGAUCUCCCCGAGUUCUGCACCGGCGCUGGCCCACACUGCCCCUCCAACGUCUACCUGCACGAUGGCCACGCCUGCCACAACGUCGAUGGCUACUGCUACAACGGCAUCUGCCAGACGCACGAGCAGCAGUGUAUCACGCUGUGGGGCCAAGGAGCAAAGCCGGCGCCGGGCAUCUGCUUUCAAAGGGUUAACUCGGCAGGAGACCCCUACGGCAACUGUGGCAAGGACUCCAAGGGCUCCUUUGCUAAAUGUGAAGCACGAGAUGCUAAAUGUGGCAAAAUCCAGUGUCAAGGAGGAGCCAACCGGCCCGUAAUUGGCACCAACGCUGUUUCCAUAGAAACCAACAUCCCCCUGCAGGAAGGGGGGAGGAUACUGUGCAGAGGGACGCACGUCUACUUGGGGGAUGACAUGCCCGACCCCGGCCUGGUGCUGACGGGCACCAAGUGUGGAGAUGGCAUGAUGUGUCUGAACCGUCAGUGCCAGAACGUCAGCGUCUUCGGCGUGCACGAGUGCUCGGCCAAGUGCAGCGGUCGAGGGGUGUGCAACAACAACAAGAACUGUCACUGCGAGGCUCACUGGGCGCCUCCAUUCUGUGACAAGGCGGGCUUCGGGGGGAGCGUGGACAGCGGCCCCAUCAGAUUGGCAGACAGCAGGAAUCUGGCUGUGGGCAUCUUGGUGGCUCUGCUCACUGUCCUGGGAGCCGGACUGAUCGUCUGCAUCAAGAGGAAAAGUCUACUGGGCCUCCUCUUCACCAGUAAAAAGAACCCGAUUGAGAAGCUGAGAUCUGUGAGCACCUCCAUCAGCAGACCCUCCGCUCCCAACCAGCCUCCAACAGCGAGCACGACCUCUCCAUCUCGACCGGCCCCGCCUCUGCCACACGGCGCCACCAUCUUCAAGCCUCCUCACCGGGGACCAGAGGCGGCGCUCCCACCGGCCCCCUACCCCACACACAGCCUGCGCAGACUGCCCCAGUGCCCUCCCGUUCACCUCAGCCACCCCGUCCCCCUGUCCCUCACCCUGUCCCUCUCCCCCGGCCCCGCGCAGCCCAGACCCCCGGUGCCUCCACCACACAUCCACGUGGCGCCCAGGGGGGCGUCGUUCCGCGGUGCGUCACGCCACAACUCCUGCAGGAUGGUCAUGGAGUUGGAGAAGCCCAGUCCUCCUCAGAAACCCCUUCCUGCGGAUCCAAGAAGCUCUCGCCUGGUUCGAAGUCCCCCUGUAGUGCAGGGCCACAAUGUACUCCAAGGGCCCUCUGCUGUUUGUGGCCCUGCACCGAUGCCUGGUGCACCCAGACCUGUUCGCCCUGUCCCACACCCAAAAAAACCCAGCCCCAAGCAACCUCCAACACUACCAAAGCCUUGCAUAAUUGCCAACGUCAAAUACAGCAGCUGAGACUUUUCGCCGAAAGGGACAUUGUUGUGACAAGACACUUACAAAAUUUGCACUAUGAAAACUCUGAAAACCUUAAAAAAAAAAAAAAAAAGAAAAAAGAUGGCGGCCUUCUCUGAAUCAGGAGAUCCGCCGUGUCCCUUUGGUGCUCUGUCUCUGAAUGGUGCUACGAGUCUGAGCUCAGGUACAUGUAAAGUAUUUAUAUUGUGUAUUUAUUGCCACGCAGUGCACUGUGCCAGACACUUUUACUACACGGUAGCAACUUUGAAUAAUUUUUUUUUUCAUUAUUUGUUAUUUGCAUCAGUUCGACGUUUUCUUUUCAUUUCGACUGAUCUGUAAUGGGAGAUUUUUUUUUUUAAAAAAAGAAAAGAAAAGAAAAGCCAAUCUGUGAAAUUCUUGAUUGCAGAAAUGUGUUUAUGAAAUGUGUUUUUAAUGAAGGGAAUCCUUUACGUUAUGGUGUUUGUUCUGUAUACAGUGAAAGGAAUUGGAAAAAAAAGAAGAAGAAGAAUUUUGUGCAAUGACAGACGAGAACAGAGACAAGAUUCGUAGUGCAUUCGGAGCCCAGUGGGGUUUCUCUUGAAGGGGGUAAUGCUCCUCGUAGAAGUUUUGAGCCAGUCUGACGAGGCUUGAAACAACCGCACAGAAAUGGAAAAAAAAAAAUGGAACAAUAUGUAUUACUGCAACCGCUCUGCAAUCGAAAGGAAGAGAGUCUUGUUUUUCCUCUGACGACUGAGGUUCGGGUCUGUUUCCUCUACAUUUAUAUUUCGGAAAGGUAACAAGUGGAAUCUGUGAAAUGUCACUGAUUUUGCCAUUUCAUUAACAAGCCCCGAGAAGCUCACUUGAGGGGAUCUGGGUACCGAGGUGUUAAACUGAACAAGGAUCUGAAAUGAGCUGAGAUCAGGGAAGCGUUCAUCCCUCAGAGAGAGUAAACUUUCCCUGAAAUAGUGCUCUGCUGAAGGUCAGGUGUGUGUUUUUGAGUUCUUCCCUCCGUGCCUGUCCAGACUGAGGACUCUUGUGUGAAAGUCGUCAAGUCAUGAAAACCAAGAAAGGACUUUUUCUUAUAGACGUUGCAGAGGCAUCACAUGUAAAAACGUUACGCUACAGUUUUCCUUUGAAGUCGUGUUUGUGGGGGUUUCUCAAUAACUGGAGCAGUUAUUAAUUUUUCUAUUUUUUGUACCUUUUUUCAUUUGGCUAUUGAGAUUAGUUUUUUAAGCCAAUCUACACGCCAGAUAGAAAAAAAUCCUGCAUUAAUUGAAUUUGUGGUAAUUGAACGGCGUUAUUAAUUUUUCUGACUGGAUUGCAUCACAGCGUAUAUAUGAAUAUGAACAUAUAUAUACAUUCGCACUGAGCAGCAUUUCCUUUAAGCACAGCUCUUGUUCACGUAUAGGCUGAAAACUUGUUACUUUUGAUACUGUUAUCUUUUUAAAAUACUGCACUAGUUUUACUUUCAUGGCUUUGUUUACUUUACUUUGCUUUUGUUCAAUGCUGCGUGUCCAUGUACUAACAGUACAGUGUUUGUGUCCAGCCACCUGACUGUACGUUACGUCCCCAAAAUGUUCCUCGUAUGUUGUGUUACAGGUGAACACGUCGCCAUGGAGAAUGCUUUUUUUUGUAUAAUGAUUGUUUGAUACAUCAUAUGUAAAGAAAAAAAAAAACAAUUGUGUCUGGUCAUGUUACUUUGAACACUUUCGAACAGUAUUAGUAAAACAGCUUUUUUUUU